AUGGCGGGAAGAAAGUUUUACGCUUCAAUGUCGACGGCAAUUUCGCUGAGCGUUGCGGCUCUCAUUUUGUUAAGUGACGUCGCGAGUGCUGAGAGCGCACGGCAGUGCUACUGGUGUGGCCCUCUGGCGGAGCAGGUCCACCGAAGCCGAAGAGCGCCCCCUUGCGACGCCCCGAAGGCUCACGUUACGAUAUGUGACCCAGGCCUUCCGCAUUGUGCCGUUGUCGCUACCGCACCUCCAUAUGUCGAGUCAAGAUACUGCGUCAAAAUCUACCAAGACGAAUGUUACUUAGAUUUCUGCAAUACAACGAAAACGUGGAAGAUGACAUGUCCUUGUAAAGGGGACCUUUGCAACGGACAAAAUUCCGAUCGCGAAGAACAGGCUUUCGCCGAACUGAUGGCUAAAACUCAAAAGCCCCAAAAGAAAAGGACAAAGAAAAGCAUAAAAGAACCACUUCCUAGACCUAUCCAGACUGAAGACAAGAAAAUGGCUAUGGUUGAUCCUAAUUCAUCCUCCAUUCAAAUUAACACUCUAAAUCAAACGCUUAUGAAUAAAAAUGAGCCACCAACCGAAAGACCGGAUGCAUCAUUGGUAACAGAUAACCCAGAAAAUCAAAUCACAGACGUAAAAGAUACAACAAUUAAUAUAUUAGAUGAUAAAGCAACUGACAAACAUGAAAAUUUAAAAGAAGCUUUACAAAUGGGAACGACUCCUUACAUGUUGGAGUCGACAGUUGUAGAGAUAUCAAACGUUAACAUUGAGAAACCUAUGACAGAGAAUUUAAUUAUACCCAACAAAGAACUGCCUACCCCCGAAGCGUUGCAACAAAACGCAAGUUCGGAUGACGUAAAAGAAAAUGUUGAAGAGAGCACACUUCAAGCCGAGCCCAACACAACUACUGCACUUGACGACACCACUACAGAAUCACCAAUAUCACGUAAAAACCAAGGCACAUAUAUCAAUCUCAAUUCUAAAAUACUUUUUGCUUUUACAUUUUUUGUCUGUGCCCAGAUUUAG